UCAAAUUCUCUAUUUUCCUUUUCGUUGCUUUGCAAGCGGCGCCUGGCUUUUCAAAUUCGAGAGAGAGAGAGAGGAAAACGAAUAAAUCGAAGGGGGAAGAUGAUUUUGAGGACUCCGCCACCGAAGAAGCCGAGGGCCGAUGCUGGGCCCGUCGCCGGUAGCCCCGCUUCCGACAAGCACCUCGUUAUCUUCGAAGAUUCUCCGGCUCCGGCUUCUGUUCUUGCUCCAGCUCCGCUACAGACUUCGCAUGAUCAUUCGGAUCAGUUCCUUUGCACCUAUCAGUGCCGUCAAAUGGUUAAAGCGGAUGUUUUAGAAGCUUUAAGCAAAGCAGAGAAACAAGUUCAGGAAUAUCAGACCAAAUUAGAGGCCUUAAAUGAGAACUUCAGCAAAACAGAAGCUGAGAGGAACAUAUUUCGAGAUAAAUAUUUGUACACGGAGCAAGAGCUGGCUGCUGCAAAAGGGCGUGAGCAGGUUCUGCAAGAUCAUCUCUUAAAAGAGGUUGAUGAUUCUCAGGAGCGGUAUAAGAAAGAACUGCUGUUGUGCCGUGAACUAGAGGCAAAACUUCAAAAUGAAAUGCAUCUUAGAAUGAAAGCUGAAUCUUCAGCAGCAUCAGCAGAAGAGAAAGCUAAACUUUUGGAGGAGAGGCUAAGUCAGAUAUCUGAAAGUGUUGAGAGGGAGAAAGAACGUAUAAACAAUGAUAUUGCUCAAAUGAGCAAAGAAACAAGGCUAGCUGUAUCUAGAAUUGGUGCAGAUCUUGAAAAGAUGGAAUGUAGAGCACAAAAUGCAGAGAGAGAAUCGGAUCUUCUAAAAUCACAGCUGGAGCUGCUGAGACAGAAACUUGACGAGUGCUUGCAAGAGAAGACCGAAGUAGAAAAGAAGCUUUCAUCAUUCAGUUUUCAGCAAGCUUCUUCUCCAGAUAACAGUAUCUUGGUAAAAAAUCUCCAAGAAGAGCUUAAGAACUAUGAAUCUGAAGUGCGAGAAGCAAGAAAAUUAAAAUCACGUCUGGGAGAUGUUGAGUUGUUGAAAGAGAAACUAUUAGAAGAAAAGAGCCACAGAGAUAGAGCAGAGUCAGAAUUAUCCAAAUUGCAUGAAUUGCAGCUCAGCAUGAGCAAGUUGGAGAAUGAAUUGUUACUUUGGAAGUCAUUGCUUAAAGACAUUCCGGCUGUUUCCUGUCCUGAUGAUAUAAUAAUUAAAUUUUCUGCACUACAAAAGGAGGUACUUGAUAGCACCUUGAAGAUUGGUGAAGCAAAUGCACGUGUGAAGCAAUUGGAGGUGGCUCUCGAUGCUGCACAACUCAGUCGACAGAAUGCGGAAACUGAGGCUGCAUUAGCCAAAGAGAAGUCAGAGGCACUAAAGUCAGAUGUAAAGAGGAUUGAAGUGAUGCUUUCCAUGGUCAAUGAGGAGAAAGAGCAGUUAAAAACUGUAAUGAAUGAAUUAAAGAAGCCAAACAGCGAAGGAGCUGUGUCCGGGGCCGCCAAUGGAACCCUUAUACAGGAUCUUGAAUCAUCACUUGCAAAGAAGGAAAGCUAUAUUAAGGACUUGGAGAAGGAGCUAAGUGAACUGAAGGAUGUGAAUCAUCGUCAACGUGAGGAGAUAGAACUUCUCAAUGAGAAGCUAGUCAAUGAAGCCAGGAAAAUUAAGUCCUUGGAGAGGGAAAGUGAUCGCCUUCGUUCUGAGAUUGCUUUACUAGAGUCCAAGCUGGGUCAUGGUGAUUUUUCUGCUGCAACUACAAGGGUUUUGCGUAUGGUGAAUACUCUCGGUGUUGAUAACGAGGCCAAACAAACAAUAGAAGCUUUACAAGCUGAGUUACAGAAGACAAAAGAGAAACUUCAGGCUGUUGAAGAAUUAGGGAGAGAUGCUGGGAAGCUCGAUUCUCAUAUAACUGGAAAGAUUGCACAGCUAAAAGAGCAGAUUGCUACUCUUGAAAAGCGUGAAGAAAGGUACAAAACCGUCUUUGCUGAUAAAAUUUCCGUAUUUAGAAAGGCUUGUUGUGCACUUUUCGGUUACAAGAUUUUGAUGGAUGAACAUCAGCGUCCCAAUGGAAUCCCGGUCACUCGGUUCAUUCUCCAGUCAAUCUACGCCCAAAACGACGACGAAAAGCUUGAAUUCGAAUAUGAAUCCGGAAACCCCACUAUUCUGGAUAACGAAUACGCCUCUCAACGUGAAAUUGCCAAGCAGAUCGAGAUAUUCGUCCGGAAGUUCAACUCGAUUCCAGCUUUCACAGCCAACCUAACAAUGGAGUCAUUCAACCGCCGCACACUGUCUUGAAACCGAGCCGAUAUUCCCAUGCCGGGCACGAGUUCUGGCUAAGGAACAGGACCGCCCGUGUACGUCUCCCGGUACCAAAAUCUGAAGUCGAGAUUUGUCGGAUUUGGAAUGAUAUUUAGCUGUUGGUUUCUCGUAGUCUGUUUUAACACUGUCGGAAUGUUGUCGGCUUGAAUGUAAUAGCAUGAAAGUGGGAGUUUUGGGCUUGCUUUCUGUUCGGGUUUAGAUUUGGUUAAAAAAAAUUCAGGUUUUCUAAAAUAAUAUUCAUACCCAAUUUUAGACUC